CGACAAGUGUGCUCUCUCCGCCGAGGAAAUUGCGAAUUCCUUCUGUUCACGCCCGCAACAGACAAAAUGUCUGGUGAACUUCCAGAUGUUGCUGCAGAGGCUCUCGAACAAGAGAUCAAUGACCUUCGAGCAAAAGCCGCCUCGUUGAAGAAGGUAUUGAAGGUCCAGGCCACAGCCCUCAUCUCGUCCGAUUCGAUACGAAACGCCCUCAAGGAAGACAACGAGAAACGCAGCGCGAUUGCACUCCCCUCGGAAUCCAAGGCCGUCCGCGACCAAGUCCUCUCCCGAUCCAAAGCCCAAGACGCGCACGACCAGCAAUGUCUGUACAGAACUUGCGCAACCAUAACGACGUUCAAGGUCAAAGACCCCGACCCAAAUGCCGUUGAUCGAGGCAGCGUUCUCGGCAUUCGCAUCGAAAUCAUGUCCGGCGCCAAGUUCCGACGACCAUACUACGUCAUGCUCAAUCGACCGUACAGAGACUCGCGACACCUGCGUGUUCAUCGCCAUACGGUGCCUCCAUGCAUCCCGCUCGCCGCGCUCGCCGCUCGCCACCUCCCUGCACCCAAGCCUGCCGACGCCGAAGAUCAGAAGGUCCAAGAUUUAUCUCGCUUCGUGCGAACGCUGAGAAGGGAAAUUGUGAGAUACCACAACCGAACUGCUGUGAUUGGCGAUCUGCAGAAGGCGGCUGGGCUGGUGGGCGCCGGCAGCGAGGGUGACGACUCCGACCAGGCGGUCACAAGCAUCGUUGCGGCAGACAUUGAAGCCAAGCAGAUCAGCAUCGAAUGGGCUGAUGGCAGGGCGGGCAGAUUGGUCAUGAGCGAAGACGGGCAGAUUCAAAAGCUCGUCAUUCUUGGCAUGGCGGGACGGGAUCGAGAGACCACGCGAGAACUUCUAGGUGACAGUCGUCGCGUAGAAGACGUCGCAAAGCGGUUAGCAACAUCUUGA